GAGCUGAGGGGAGGGAGAGGCCGGUGGGGGUCUGGCCGCUGCCGCUGCUCGCCUGAGGCUUCCAGGCCGGGCUGCGGCUCCGUCCCCGUUCCUGGAGCACCAUCUGCAAGGCUCCACCGAGCCGGCGUGCGAGAGCCGCAGGCGGCAGUCGCCGCAUCAUGUCAGCCAAGGACGAGCGGGCCAGGGAGAUCCUGAGAGGCUUCAAACUAAAUUGGAUGAACCUUCGGGAUGCCGAGACAGGGAAGAUCCUCUGGCAAGGAACAGAAGACCUGUCUAUCCCUGGAGUGGAACAUGAAGCCCGUGUUCCCAAGAAAAUCCUCAAGUGCAAGGCAGUGUCUCGAGAAUUGAACUUUUCCUCAGCAGAACAAAUGGAAAAAUUCCGCCUGGAACAAAAGGUGUACUUCAAAGGGCAGUGCCUAGAAGAAUGGUUCUUCGAGUUUGGCUUUGUGAUCCCUAACUCCACAAAUACCUGGCAGUCCUUGAUAGAGGCAGCGCCCGAGUCCCAGAUGAUGCCAGCCAAUGUCCUAACGGGGAACGUCAUCAUAGAGACAAAGUUUUUUGACGACGAUCUUCUUGUAAGCACAUCCAGAGUGAGGCUUUUCUACGUCUGAGAGAAGAACUCGUGUGCACUUGAAGAAUUUGGGGUUGGGGGGAAGAGGAAGCGGUUUACUUUUUCUUCCACACAUUUACUUUCAACAUUUUACCCAGUUCCCUCAACGCAGAACCCACUUGCGGCCACCAGGGGACCAACUCCGUGUAGGUAACCAGAUGCAUUUUUUCCUCCCAAAACUUCCAUCUUCACUGACAAGACUACACUCUCAACCACAGACCAAGGCAGGAGACAAACCUCGACUCCUUCCUGGUGCAAACAUGAGUUCAAACCCAUACCAGGAGCCGAUAUACUACACCUGUCGCCUGCCCGGCUUCCUCCUUGGGACCUGUAGGCUUUUUUUUGGCCUCUGGUGUUGGAAGAAUUCACCUUCCUGACCCACGUUUAGUUUGUUUUUUUUUUCCCCCUACCAUUUCUAUUUCAUACAUUCUCAUAUCUUUAACUUGUAAAAUAGACUGCAAUAUUAUUACAUAAUGUAAUUAAAGCAUUAAAAUAUUC